AUGCGCAGAACGCUGCUCUCAUGCAUCGCUUCGCUUAGUGUAAAGACCAGCACUGUAAAGUGCUUUACGACCGAUGCGACGGAUCUCGCUAUCAGACUCUGUGCACCGUCGCAAGUGUCGUAUGUCAGCCGUCGCUUUCUGCCAAAACGGAAGCCUUUGCCACAGUACAAGUACGACUACUCGGUGCUCGACGACCGACCAUAUACACAUAAACCUCUGUAUUUGCCUCGUCUAGGUGGACGUGACCCGGCAACAGGCAGAAAGGUUAACCAACACGUCGGUGGUGGCUACAAGUUCGAAUUCACGUGGAUCAGCUUCGAUCGCGUAGGCCCUACGGACGGAACUUUCUACGAUGAACGAGUACUGGAAGUGAGGUGCGACCCGAUCGAGACAGCGCAUGUCGCACUAGUAGCCGGAUCGAGGGGAAGGCGAUGGAUUCUGGCUACGGAAAAUAUGAAGGCCGGCGAUCUAAUUCGUACGACGUGUACGAUCCCAAAAAUGCCCGUCAAAGGUAAAGAAGGAGAUUCGUGGCCGGUCGGGGCGCUGGUGGCAGGAACGAUGGUCAACUGCGUAGAACUAUACCCCGGCGAGGGCAAGGAUUAUUUGGUGGCGAAAAAUGCCGGUACAUUUGUGACCAUUACGCGGAAGAUAAAUGACAUGGUCGUUAUUCAGCUGCAGUCCAAAGCAGAACUGUGCAUCAAACCAGAGUGCAUGGCAACUGUCGGCAGACUAUCAAAUUUGGAUUACCGAAAACUUGAGUGGGGUAGCAUACACAUGAAGCGGCGUUUUGGCAUUAAGCAGGCGAGUGGUUUGUGGCAUCGCAAAGACGGCUACGCUGGACGCAAAAUCAAACCUGUUCCGCCGAUGAGGGUUAUAGACUCGGUGAAGAAGCAGGAGGGAAUGGGCAGAAAGGACGCUGCGGCCUCCGGGUAUUCUUUGCCGAUCGACCAGUACCGAAAGCAGAUAGGCCGCCAUCAGACGAAAAGGGCACGAAGUGACGUGAAAAUCAUGAAGCAACGGAGUGCUCAAAAGAAGCUUAACUUGAAAUCGAUAAAAUAUGGGUUACUGGUGCAAGUUCCUUGGCAGAAUUACACGGUUGAGAUGGAGCUGAACUACUGGGGGAGCAAGUCUACUUCGAUGUCAAGCAUCAACAGCACGGCUAACCAAGACAGUAGUCCGCCUUUCUCAUAG